AUGCUGAAAGCCUCACUGGCGUGGCACCAGAGCAACGGGGAGCAGCUCGGGAGCAUAAGAGCAGAGAUGGACUCGGUGCGGAUCCUGCUUUACUCUCUCAUCUUCCUGCUCAGCGUCUUUGGCAACCUUCUGAUCAUUGUGGUCCUGACGGUCAACAAGCGCAUGCGCACGGUCACCAACUCCUUCCUGCUUUCGCUGGCGGUCAGUGACCUGAUGAUGGCUGUCUUCUGCAUGCCCUUCACACUCAUCCCCAACAUGCUGGAGGACUUCAUCUUUGGAGCCGCCAUGUGUAAAACGGUCACCUACUUCAUGGGGCUCUCCGUCAGCAUCUCCACCUUCAGCCUGGUCGCCAUAGCAAUCGAGAGGUACAGCGCCAUCUGCAACCCACUGAAGUCGCGAGUGUGGCAGACUCGUUCCCAUGCCUACCGGGUCAUCGCCGCCAUCUGGGUGUUGUCGUUGGUCAUGAUGGUGCCCUACCCAGUGUUCAGCCACCUCAAGUCCUUCCCCAAACCUGACCGAACUACGGGACACAUGUGCCGCCUGGAAUGGCCAAGCGGUGGGGUGGAACAGACGUGGUACAUGCUGUUGCUUUUAAUCUUGUUCUUCAUCCCUGGGGUUGUGAUGAUCGUUGCCUAUGGACUCAUCUCCAGAGAGCUGUACCGGGGGAUGAAGUUUGAGCUGGACCAAACCAGAGAGAACAGUUCACUGAAGAAUGGCGUAAACACCACUGUGACCACCAGCAACAACGACACAGACGAUGAUGGCUGCUACAUCCAGAUACCGAAGAAGCCACCGUCCAUGGAGCUGUCCACCCUCACCACCCCUACUCCGGGCCAUCCUAAACCCAGAGUGUCCGCCGAGCACCCUCGAAGCAAUACCUCGGAGGCUAAACUCUUGGCCAAGAAGCGCGUGAUCCGCAUGCUCAUUAUCACUGCCAUUCUCUUCUUCCUCUGCUGGAUGCCCCUGUACACGGCCAACACGUGGAAGGCAUUUCACAUCAGCUCAGCCCACCGGCUCCUCUCGGGGGCACCCAUCUCGUUCAUCCACCUAUUGAGCUACACAUCGGUGUGCGUCAACCCCGUUAUCUAUUGUUUCAUGAAUACACGCUUCCGCAAGGCGUUGCUCACCACCUUCGCCCACAGCCGUCCGCCCUGCUGUCGGCGCCGCCGGGAGAGGCGGAACGGCGGGGAUGAUGAGAUGACAGUGACGGGGACUAUGGGUCCUUUGUCCAUGUCCAAGAUCAGUUAUACCACAGUGAGCACCGCGGGGACCUACUGAUUCUUUGUGAAGGGGGCUAUGGGUACAGUGUCCAUAUUAGGACAGCCUCAUUCUCUGCAGUACUUCUUCCUAAUAUGGACCCUGUAUAGGGGAACACAGGGGGCUGUAGCACAGGGGGCUGUAGCAGCAACAGGUAGUUGUG